AAUAUUAAAUUGUGAGAAAAAGAUUGAAUGAAAAUUUUUAUGCAUAUAUGAUGAAUACAUAAAACUUGAUAAAAUAUACGAAACAAAACAAUUAUUAAAUUCCUUAAGAAAAAAAGAAAAAGCUUUAUCUCCCAUGUAUAAUUUCUAGAAUUAUCUAAUAUGAUUGAUGUAGAUACAGAUAUGUUUUAUAUUGUACCACCAAAUGGAGAGAUAUCUUUUCAUAUUUUGGAAGACUGCAUUUUAACUAGAUUAGAUUAUUUACGACACCUAUAUGAAGGAUGUGCCAAUGAAUUUGAUGGAAACUUUGAAUACUUAUUAGAAAAUUCUACUUAUGAUAAAAUUGGACAUUUUGUAUUACGAUUAUUAGCUUGUGCAUCAUCAGAUUUAUAUUUAGAUUGGAUAACCAAAGAAUCAUUGUUAUUUAAACAUAGAUUAGAUAAUAUACUACCUAGACAACUACACAAAUUAUUGAAACAAAUAAUAUGGAAGAUGCAAAUAUUCAAAAGUGAGAAGAAUGCAACUGAAAGAACUCUUAUUGAGUUAUGCAAAUUCUACGUGCAGCCCUUAAUUUUUAAACAUUUGGUAUCUAAUUGUCAUGAUUGUACUGCUUUUCAAUAUGAAGUGAGAUUUGAACUGGUUCCAAACUUGGUGAAAGAAAGAGAAUUAAUUAUCAAAAAUGGAAAUGUUAUUACAUAUUGUUCAAGCUGGAAAAAAGUACUUCAAUCAUUAUUUAGUAAUUAUGUAACUAAUGAAUUAAAUAUCAUGAGGAGACAAGCACUACAAACCAUAAAACAUGAUCUUAGAUUUCAUAUUUUAAAUCAAAAAGUGCAAUCCUAUCUUUUUAAGAAAGAUACUGCUCAUGGAAAAAUAACUAUUGAUAAUAUAGAUACAGAAGCACAAAAAUUUCCUUUAUGUAUGCAACAUUUGCAUUCUGUGUUAAGAAACAGACAUCGUCUUAGUCAUUAUGCUCGCUUAUACUACACUUUUCUAAAAGAAAUUGGGAUGGAACUAGAAGAUUCAAUUAUAUUUUGGAAGCAAGAAUAUUCUAAGCCCCAUUCUUGUUCUUCAGUAUGUUUGCAUAAUUGGCAAUCAAAUGAAAAAAAAUUCAUAUAUAGCAUCAGACACUUAUAUGGCUUAGAAGGAUCUCGAAGAAAUUAUAAGACGCCUGACUGUAAUUUAAUCUGUACUGGUAUUAGUGGAGCAACAUACGAAGGUGGUUGUCCUUUCAAAGAUUUUAAUGUAAAGACACUCAAAAAUCUUUUAUGUACUUCAUUAACAGAAGAUGAAGCAAACAAACUUACGAGUAACAUGUCAAUUAAAAAUCCAGGAAUUCUUUGCAGUGCUUUUUUGAGACUUUGCAAAGAUAAUAUUGAUGUUAUCAUCAAAAGUCCAGUACAAUACUACCACAGAAUGACUAAUUAAAUAUUUUCUUAUUGUGAUAAAUCUGUACAAUUUGUACUAUCUAUUUGUAAUUAUUGAAAAAAAUUUAUUUUUUAAAUAAUAUUUAAAAAACUAA